AUGGUGGAAGGAGGCAUUAUUCUUGUCAAAUAUUUGCUUUUCCUUGCUAACUUCAUUUUAUUGGUAGGUGGUCUAGGUCUAGUAAUUGCGGGUGCGGUACUACAGUUCAAGUAUACCGGUUUACUGGAUAUAUUGGGAGAUGAAAGAUUAGCGACACCAAUAUUGCUGCUUGCUGCUGGCGCACUUUGCUCCCUCUUGGGUUUUUUGGGAUGUUGCGGAGCAAUUCGAGAGAAUUAUUGCUUAACGGUAAGCUUCGCUGUUCUCCUAACUCUGGUACUGACGAUUGAAACAGCUAUUGCUAUCGCGGCUUACGCAUUACAGGAACCGCUUCAGGCCUCCUUAUCGCAACAAUUAACGUUGGGUUUACAAAGGUACAAUCGUUCAGCAGGUGUUCGGAUGGCUUGGGAUCAAACUCAAAAACAAUUUGCAUGCUGUGGAGUGCACAAUUUUACAGACUGGAAUACUCCGCCAGAUUCAUGUUGUAUUCAGGUUUUACCUGGUUGUCGACUGAUUCAUCAAAAUUUACAACCUUCAGGUUGUAUGGAACGUUUAGAGCAUUGGCUGAUCUUAAAUGCAGCAAUGGUUGGAGGAUUUAGCGCCAUUGUUGGCUCAUUACAAGUAAUCGGGAUUUGUUUUGCUUGCUGCUUGUCCAAAUCGAUACUAAAGGACUUUCACGAUUCCUAUUACUAA